AUGGCUGAAGAUAAAGUUUUGGAAUCAAAAGAAGAACUAGGUCUGAAGAGCGAGAGUUCCUCAGACAUAGAGAAAUGUCAAGUUGUAUUCAAGAAGGAGUCUGAUGUCGCUGGUCACAAAUCAACAGUUACCAAAGAAGCAAAAGUUGAAGCAGCCGAUGGAAAACAAGACCAUCUUGACCAAAGUUCAUCAGACGAGGAGAAAGGUGAAGAUUUAUCAGCAGGAAAAGUAAAGGAGUCAGAGAUUGGCUCUUCAACAGGGACAGACAAAAGUGACGCUACCUCAAGUGAUAACGGAGUGGAUUUUAAUGCUUCUUUGUCCGUUUCAUCAUUUGAAAAAAUAAAAGAUUUAGCGAUCGGCAGUUCCGCAACUACUUCGGAAGGAAAAGAUUCAGCAAACCAAGAAAAGGUGAAUUUGGAGGAUGAGCUUUUAUCAGGUCAAUUUGGAUUCAAGAAGGAGUCAGAUGACGAUGAUGGAAAAUCAACAGUUAGUCAACAGGCCUCCUCAACAGCAGCUGUUGGAAGCCUGGACUUUGCUGAUAAGGGUUUAUCAGACGAAAGUGAAGCUACUCCUGUUGAGAAAAAAGUGGAUAUGAAGGAUGCUCCUUUAGUAGACCAGGAGAAAAGCCAAGUCCUAUCCUCUGGAAAAUCAAAGGAUUUAGAUAUCGGGAGUUCAACAGGUACGUCAGAUGAUAAAGUUAAAGCAAUCCAAGAAAAACUGGAUUUGGAUGAUAAACUUUCUUCAGAUCAUUUUACGUCCAAGAAGGAAUCAGUUGAUGAUGGAGGCAAACCAAAAGUUGGAAAAGAGGACAACAUGGCAGCUGAUGAAAACCUUGCUGCUGCUGACAACAGUUCUCUAGUUAUCACAGAGACACAAGUUGAGGCAGCUGAAGGAGACGAGAAUUUUCCUUUCAACAACUCAUCAGGGGCAACCAAAAGUGAAGCUACCUCAAGUGAUAACGGAGUGGGUUUUAAAGCUUCGUUGUCCGUAGCAGAUACUUCGGAAGGGAAAGAUUCAGCAAACCAAGAAAAGGUGAAUUUGGAGGAUGAGCUUUCAUCAGACCAGGAGAAAAGUCAAGUCCUUUUCUCUGGAAAAUCAAAGGAUUUAGAGAUCGAGAGUUCAACAGGGAAAGAUUCAGCAAACCAAGAAAAGGUGAAUUUGGAGGAUGAGCUUUUAUCAGGUCUAUCUGGAUUCAAGAAGGAGUCAGACGACGAUGAUGGCAAAUCAACAGUUGGUCAACAGGCUUCCUCAACAGCCGCUGUUGGAAGCUUGGACUUUGCUGAUAACAGUUUAUCAGGUACGUCAGAGGAUAAAGUUAAAGCAAUCCAAGAAAAACUUGAUUUGGAUGAUAAACUUUCUUCAGAUCAUUUUACAUCCAAGAAGGAAUCAGAUGACGAUGGAAACAAACCAAAAGUUGGCAAAGAGGACAACAUGGAAGCUGAUGAAAACCUGGCUGCUGCUGACAACGGUUCCCCAGGUGAGGAAAAAACGAACAAAACUUCAGAUGAUAAAGAUGUGGACCUAGACAACGACCCCUUAGUAGUGAGAGCAAAGGAUUGUUUUCAGCAAGGUAACAAAGAAUACAGACAAGGAGAUUUUCAUAGAGCGCUACAACUGUACACUGAAGGACUUCAACUAAACUGCAAAGAUAAUCGGCUGACAGCCAGACUCUACAAUAACAGGGCAGCAGCUCAUUUCCGUUUAGAAAACUUUGAAAACAGCCUAGAUGAUGCCACAGUUGCUGUACAAUUGGAGCCAACUUUCAUCAAAGCCUUGGAGAAAGGAGCUGAAGCUUGUGUGCAGCUUAAGUUGUAUGAUGAAGCAAAGAUCUGGUGUCAUAAAGGAUUGGCCAUGGACGAUAAUAGUAAAAGGUUGCGUCAUCUAUUAAACAAGUGUGGUAGUGAGACAAUCGCAUCCGGCGAGAUAAAGCCACAGCAAGUAAAGGAAGUAGAAAUUGCCAAAGAUCUGGGAGACAAGACUGGAGAAGGAAGGAGUUAUGGCAACCUUGGCAAUGCUUAUCUUGGCAACCUUGGCAAUGCUUAUGAUGGUCUAGGACAGUUCAAAACAGCCAUCGACUACCAUAAACGUCGUCUAGAAAUUGCCAAAGAAGUGGGAGACAAGGAUGGGAUUGCCCAGGCUCUUUGUAGUCUUGCUACAAAUUUUGAAAGGCAUGAAUGUCUCCAAACCGCCCUCGACUAUUAUAUUUCUAGUAGAGAGAUUUUUAAUAACGUUCGGGCUAGUUUUCUGUUGCACCAUAACUGGAAGAUUUCGUAUCGAAAUGUUCACAAAACAGCAUACAAUGGUGUUUGGCGCGUACUUUUACUGAAGGGUGAACACGUCAAAGCUCUUCUUGCUGCCGAGGAGGGACGUGCACAAGCUCUAAGGGAUAUCGUGGAUUUAAAGUAUAGCUUUCGACAAACCCUCACGUGGUCGAACUCUAGGAAAUGCUCUGAUUGUCUUUCAUUAAGAAACGUUUCAUCAGAUGUAGUUUUCCUAGCAAUUACUGGACCUUACAUUGCUUUGUGGACUAUUCGGAACGGGGAAGUCGUUCAAUCGAGAAUAAAGCAUGUGAACAACUUUCUUUACCAACGUGAAUUAGAAGUUUACAUUACCUCUUUGAAUAAGGCUGCUUCCUUGCAAGUUAGUGCAAGGGCUGCUGUUGAAUGGCAAAAAAGUUCAACUCAAGUGGGCCGAGAUGAAAAAGGAACGAGCGAUGGUUCUCCGCGAAACGCGACGACAAAUGCCCUGCGGAAGCUUUAUGAUAUCAUAGUUGCUCCUAUCGCAGAUCUGAUUGAUGGAGAUGAGCUUGUAUUUGUUCCUGAAGGUCCACUUUGCUUGGUGCCCUAUGCAGCAUUGGUGGAUUCGAAUUCAAGGUAUCUGUGCGAAUCUUUCAGGAUUCGAGUAAUUCCAUCCCUAACCAUUUUAAAAUCAAUCUCAGACUGCCCGACAGAAUUGCACAAUAAAACCGGUGCACUGCUCGUGGGUGAUCCAUGUUACAAGCAAGUCCUUUAUCAGGGUGAUUUGUUGAAUCAGCUGCCGGGUGCAAGGAAAGAGGUGAAGAUGAUUGGAGGAAUCCUCGGUAUUGCUCCUCUCGUUGGAGGGGAGGCGACAAAGGAAGAGGUAUUUAGACGAAUUUCCUCAGUUGCGUUGGUUCACAUUGCAGCGCAUGGUAAAAAAGAAACAGGAGAGAUUCUCUUGGCACCAAACACAAGUAGGACAACCUGUCAAGCUGAAGAGGAAGACUAUCUACUGACAAUGAGAGACGUGUUACGAGCCGGGCUGCGAGCGAAACUGGUUGUGCUAAGUUGCUGUCACAGCGCUUGCGGUGAGGUUAUGGCCGAAGGUGUGGUUGGCAUUGCGCGAGCGUUCUUAGGUGCCGGUGCUCGAUCGGUUCUGGUAUCCCUGUGGGCCAUUGAUGACGAUGGUACUCAGGAGUUCAUGAAACAUUUCUACGGAGCGCUGGAAGAAGGCAAGGGUACUAGUGAAGCUGUCAAUCAAGCCAUGAAGUGCAUGAGAGAGUCUGAAACGUUCAGCAAAGGGUAUUACUGGGCGCCAUUUGUACUCAUUGGGGACGACGUGAAACUGGAAUUAACGGAAAUUAAAAGGUCAUCACUGAUGGAUUUGUUUGAAGACAAGAGGAGACCCCAGGCGUUUGGUACUGACUAAUGACAAUCAAAACCAACAGAGGCAUGCGGGGUGACAAAUUUAAUGUUACGCGGCGUUGAAUUGAACUGGUUGAAUCAUUAAAUAACCCGCAUUGAGGCUAUAAUCAAAUAAGCGAUUUGUUACCAUAUCAUUUAAUAAUAAACUGCCAAGUCAAAUGGUUUAGUUUUAAAAGGAGAUUUUUUGCGGAGAUUGAGUGGUGUUGCGGCCAUGUUUAAGACAAGUUAUGCCGAGAAAACCUUUUAAUUAAUCUCACAUGGUCUUCGUAAGGAUUAUACAGCGAUGUUUUCUAAAUCAUAAGUUAAAUACGAAACUUUAUGGCCAUGUGAGUUGUGUAUUUCAAUUUCAUGGCUCCAAGCAUCACCUAAGACCAAGUUUAACCUUUGGUGUUUGGCAUAUCUUACCUUUGAAUUUUUAACUUGUUGUACGUUGUACAUAUGAUUGCUUUUUUUACAUGCAUUUGGACAUGCAUUUGAUACAUUUUGACUCACUGGAUUGAUAACUUAAUUUUUUAAUCUUGAAGCCUUUGCCAGCUUGGAAGAAAUGUACUAUCCAAAAAGACUAGAGCAGGCAUAAAUCAUGAACUGUGGAAAAAACGGAGUCCAUUGAUAUUUACUUGGUACAUAAUCCAAUUAAAAUCCAUUUCAGAUCUU